AUGGCAACUAUUUCAAAGCAAAAGAAAGUUAGAAAAGUCCGACAGAAGCUGAAGCUGUUCCGUGCUAAUGAACCCCUAAAAAGCGUUUUAAUGUGGGGUAUCAAUUAUUCCUUCUCGGCGAUGAAUCAUGUUAAGCAUCGUCCUAUGUUGCUGAAAGAUGAUUUCAAAGCUUACAUGAAAGUGAAAAUCAACAACUAUCUUUUCAACAAAGAGAACAUGCCGAGUCGUUUUAAGUUCAAGGAAUAUUGCCCUAUGGUGUUUAAAGCGUUAAGAUACAGGUUUGGCGUCAACAAGGUUGAUUACUGGGUGAGUGGAGUAUUUCGUUUGCCGUCAAUCCUUCAUUCUUAUGUUAGCCUGGUUUUGGAGUUAAAUCAAAAUGUUCGAGAUUCGUGUGUAAUACACUCAAUUUCCAAAAUGUACAUGCGUUCGUGUGUCUUCCCAAUUACUUAG